CAAUGCCAUUGUCUCUGCAUACGAGGGGCACGUCCAGCACGACCCGCAAAGCUCGAACCACUCCAUGCUGGGGGUGCAUGCUUCGGCACAUUCCAUUAUCCACUACGGGAAGAUCGCCAGGAAACACGGCCUCAUCGGGACAUGUCUGGACUCAUUGAGCAGGAUCCACACCAUCCCCAGUGUUCCCAUCGUCGACUGCUUCCAGAAGAUUCGCCAACAGGUCAAGUGCUACCUGCAGAUGUCAGGCGUCAUGGGUCGCAAUGAGUGCAUGCAGGGUCUUGAGGUGAUUGAGUCGACAAAUCUGAAAUACUUCACGAAGGAGAUGACUGCGGAGUUUUACGCGCUCAAGGGGAUGUUCCUGGCUCAGAUCAACAAGUCAGAGGAAGCCAACAAGGCGUUCUCCUCUGCUGUACAGAUGCACGAUACACUGAUCAAGGCCUGGGCACUGUGGGGAGACUAUCUGGAAAACAUCUUCACUAAGGACAGGUUGCUCCACCUGGGCGUGUCCGCCAUCACCUGUUACCUGCACGCCUGCCGCCACACGAACGAGUCGAAGUGCCGGAAGUACCUUGCCAAGGUCAUCUGGCUGCUUACGUACGAUGACGACAAGGGCACGCUCGCCGAGGCCGUCGAUAAGUACUGCAUCGGGGUGCCGCACGUCCAGUGGUUGCCAUGGAUUCCCCAGCUGCUGACCUGUCUGAUCCGGAACGAAGGGAAGACGAUCUUGAACUUGCUGAGUCAGGUGGGCAGGGUCUAUCCGCAGGCGGUGUACUUCCCCAUCAGGACCAUGUACCUCACCCUGAAGAUCGAGCAGAGGGAACGAUACAAGAGCGGAGAAGUUGGCGCCGGCGUGCCCCGUACAGCGAGUCCGAGCGUGUCCGGGAAAGCGGCACACCACGGUCCGACCGCGUCGUCUUCCCUCCCGCCAACGACACAGCUGGGCGCUUCGCUCGCUACAUCCAGCCAAGGAGACCCAGCAGACUCAUCGAGCCAGGGCGCGGGCGGAAGCGGGACGGACGCGGGGCAGAUCCGAGCGACGGCACCGAUGUGGCGAUGCAGCCGCAUCAUGCACAUGCAACGGGACCUGCACCCCACCCUGCUGUCUUCUCUCGAGGGCAUCGUGGACCAGAUGGUGUGGUUCCGAGAGAACUGGUACGAGGAGGUUUCCCAGCAGCUGCAGCAGGGGCUCGCCAAGUGCUACUCCGUCGCCUUCGAGAACAGAACUGCAGUGAGUGAAGCGAAGAUCACCCCCCACACCCUGAACUUCGUGAAGAAGCUGGUCAGCACGUUCGGGGUUGGUGUGGAGUCCGUCACCAACGUGUCAUCGACCUUCUCGAGCGCCGCCUCCGAGUCGCUCGCGCGCCGCGCCCAGCAGACUUCCCAGGAUCCCGUGUUCCAGAGGAUGAAGACUCAGUUCACCACGGACUUCGACUUCAGUGUCCCCGGCUCCAUGAAGCUCCACAAUCUCAUCUCCAAACUCAAGAAGUGGAUCAAAAUCCUCGAGGCCAGAACAAAGCUCAUGCCAAAGUCGUUCCUUAUUGAGGAGAAGUGCCGGUUCCUGAGUAACUUCUCCAUGCAGACUGCAGAGGUGGAGAUUCCCGGGGAAUUCCUACUGCCUAAGCACAACCACUACUACAUCAAGAUCGCCAAAUUCCUGCCUCGCGUGGAGAUCGUUCACAAACACGGGACCGCCGCCCGACGACUCUACAUCCGCGGGCACAACGGCAAGAUCUACCCGUACCUGGUGAUGAACGAUGCGUGCCUGAGCGACUCCCGGCGGGAGGAACGGGUACUGCAGCUGCUCAGGAUGCUCAACCACUUCCUGGAGAAGAGAAAGGAAACGGCGCGACGUAACCUGCAGUUCACGGUUCCGCGUGUGGUGGCAGUGUCGCCCCAGAUGAGGCUGGUGGAGGACAAUCCCUCCUCCCUCUCACUUCUCUCCAUCUACAAACAGCGGUGUGCUAAGAAGAUGCUGGAGCACGAUGCUCCGAUCUCGCGGUACUACGAGCGUCUGCUGAUGGUGCAGGCUCGCGGGGCGCAGGCGAGUCAUCAGGUGCUGAGGGACAUCCUGAAGGAGGUGCAGACCAACAUGGUGCCCCGCACCAUGCUCAAGGAGUGGGCAGGACACACCUUCCCUGACGCCACCGACUACUUCCACUUCAGGAAAAUGUUGACGCAGCAGCUGGCUCUGAUGGGGUUUGUGGAGUUUGUUCUCCACCUGACGCGGCUGAACCCCGAGAUGCUGUACGUGGCGCAGGACUGCGGACAGCUGCACGCCUCGUACUUCCGGUUCGACAUCAACGAUGCUUCAGGAGACCUGGACGCAAACCGCCCCGUCCCAUUCCGCCUGACCCCGAACAUAUCGGAUUUCCUGACGCCCAUCGGCGUGAGCGGGGUGCUGACGUCUUGCAUGAUCGCCGCGGCGCGCUGCUUCGUCCAACCGAACUUCAAACUGGACAGCCUGCUGAGGGCAGUGCUGAGGGACGAGCUCAUCUACUGGCACAAGAAGAAACAAGAUGAGCAACACAUGGGCAGUACGCAGCCGCAGGACAUGGACGGGGAGGUGCUGAUCACCAUGGUGAACAAAGCUGUCAACGCCAUCAUGACUCGGCUACAGAACCUGGCCCAGUUCGAGGGUGGGGAGAGCAAAGUCAGCACUCUGGUGGCAGCAGCUAACAGUCCUGACAACCUGUGUCGCAUGGACCCCGCCUGGCACCCCUGGCUAUAACAGUGGUACAGUCCAGCACACCCCUGGCUAUAACAGUGGUACAGUCCAACACACCCCUGGCUAUAACAGUGGUACAGUCCAACAUCCAUUAGUUACAAAAGUAAUACAGUUAAGGUGGCACCCCUAUAAUUACCAAUUGGUACAGUCCAGAUCCUGCUUUAUUUGCCCAUGUGGAUCGUACUAGGGUAUUUCGGGGUGAACUUUGACAAUGCCAAAAAGUAGUUACUCAAUCAACUGGAGAUUUGAAAUUCUUAACUUUCUUAACUCAAUGGUUGAGGGUAAAUCUUUAAGUUUUCCAACAGCGGCAGUUGAAACAGACAGCAAGGAAAGCAUAACAGCUUAGCCCCCAACAUCUGCUUGGAGAUUAGGAUUUUCUGCAUGUACACAAAUUCCACAUCAGCUCAAAACAUUUCUAACAGAAAGAUAACUUAAGUCCCUGAAGAAAGUUGCAAGACAUUGCAGUCGUUGUGAAACAGGGUUGUAGAUAUACAUGUAUUUAUUUGGAGUUUGUACUUGGGUCUCCUAUCGAUGUUUCAGACAUGUGUACAUAUUUUGUAGUUUGCAUCACAAGCGUUGAACCAUACAUGUGUGAGACCUACACACAAACCAGUCAAUAUAUGGUAAUGACACUUUAAGAAGAAGUCUUCUUUGUUUUCUAGCAGAUUUGCGGUGAAUAAAAUGUGAGAUUUCCUAAGUUAUAGCUAGCAGUUCUUAAAUAUGAAUAUUCCAUGCAGUGCUCGCUAAACCAGUUAGAUAUUUGCUGGUGACCAGAAGAGUUUAACUAGCUGUAGUUGUUUCUGAUAUAUUUUUGUCCCCAAAAAAAUUUUAUGAGGGAAUCUCGCAAAAUUUUCCUGAUUUACAAGGAGGCCCUCACAAAGAAUUGUAUGAAGGCACGUUUGUACAUGGUGAAUUGUAACAUUUUUAUAGCGAAUCAUAGAAACA